CCGCUGCAGUGCCGGGCUGUCAGUUAACAGUUAUACCGAAAAGCUUACAGCAUUUAACUGCAACUUGUGACAGUGGCAAGCAAAGAAUUAGAAAAGCUUUUCAACAAUCCAAGAACUGUGUAAGCUGUGAUCUCUCGCGUAUUUCACUUCGUGUGUGUGUGUGUGUGCGCGCGCGUUUCUAAAAUGUCUCUCAACGCGGACCGUUCCUACAAAAUGAAGCUGCGCGAUGUGGAAAACGCCUUCAAAUAUAGACGCAUACCGUAUCCGAAGCGUUCCGUGGAGCUGAUUGCACUGCUGGCCAUAUCGUGCACCUUUUUUCUGUUCAUGCACACAAACAAAUUAAACAGUCGACUCAAGGAAAUGGAGGUGAAGCUACAGCCAUCCGAGUUCUCGGCCCUGGGACUAACUGGCAAUCACAUAAGCGGACAUGAUGCGGGCAAACAUGACGACAUUAAUACUCUGCACGGCACCUAUCAAUAUCUGAAGAGCACCGGCCAAAUGUCAUCGCUUAAUGUACGGGAGCUGAACAAUACUCGAAAGGCUCAAAUGGAGCUGGUCUUCUUCAAUCGAGUGCCAAAAGUGGGCAGUCAGACGUUUAUGGAGCUGCUUCGUCGUCUCUCGGAGCGCAAUAAUUUUCAGUUUCAUCGCGACGCUGUCCAAAAGGUGGAAACCAUACGCCUGGCUGAGGAUCAGCAACAGGAGAUGGCCGAAGUAAUCAGUGAGCUACCAGAACCCUCAGUAUUCAUAAAACAUGUCUGCUUCACGAACUUCACCAAAUUCAAUUUGCCGACGCCCAUUUAUCUGAAUGUGGUGCGGGAUCCCGUGGAGCGUGUAAUUAGUUGGUUCUAUUAUGUGCGUGCUCCGUGGUACUUUGUGGAACGAAAGGCCGCCUUUCCAGAUCUUCCCCUGCCGCAUCCAGCCUGGCUCAAGAAGGACUUUGAGACAUGCGUCCUUAGCGGUGACCAGGAGUGCACCUACACACAGGGCGUCACAGUUGAGGGCAUUGGCGAUCAUCGCCGUCAGAGCUUGUUCUUCUGCGGACAUGAUUAUGAGUGCACUCCCUUUAAUACUGUAGGCGCCUUGGAGCGCGCCAAGUUUGCCGUGGAGCAACAAUAUGCGGUAGUUGGAGUACUGGAAGAUUUCAAUACAACACUCUCAGUGCUGGAGAAAUAUGUGCCACGUUUCUUUGAGGGCGUGCGAGAUAUCUAUGCCACAAGCGCCGAGUAUCUGACCAAGAUCAACAAAAACAACUUUAAGCCACCGGUCAGCGAGCAUGUCAAGGAUAUUGUGCGUCGCAAUUUUACCAAUGAAAUCGAAUUCUAUCAGUUCUGCCGCCAGCGACUGCAUAAACAAUAUCUGGCCGCCCAUUUGCCGCAAAGGAUUAUAACAGCGCAUCCGGCGGCUUUGGGGCGCAAUUAAGUCUGCCCUAUUGUUCGAAAUUGUGUAAAACAUUUGUAUAAAAUAUAAUCGAUCCUGUAGUCAACUGCGCUACCCCUUCCUCCAUUCAAUUCGCACAUAUUGUAGUAAAUAAUUGUUUAUCAUUGUGU